CCUACUUUUUUUUUCUGUUUCUCUUUUUCUUUUUCUUUCAUCAUUCUACUUGUUUCUUUCUGUCUGUUGCUUAGCGACUUGAAUCUGCCAAAUUGUCAGCCAUGCCUACUACUCUAAACGCCUACAUCAACCAUAAUUCCCUUUCGCAACAGGAUAAGGAGAAAUCCCAAUUAAUGCAUGAUAAGAAGGCCAACAUCGAUAUCCCUUCUCGAGACGAUGCGGUCCCAUCGUCAAAGUACUUUGAUCUCCCUCCCACACCUUCAUCGUCUUCCUUUUCAAUGAUGUACAAGGAUGAAUCAGGUUAUCCACUGAACAUGGAGAGAACAGGUGCGAACUGCAAUUGCUCUUUUUGUGCGCUUUUUUCUGUUACUGAUCCAUGGACUUUAGUUCGUUCAAGGUCGUAUGGAUCGAUUCGUAGAUCUUCAUUAUCAGAUGAUGUUGGCUCGGCGAUUUCCGAUCAAAACGAUCAAGUUCCUUCAACUCCGCCUUAUUCGACCAUCAGCCCCAAUGAUGACGACGAAGGAUUAUACCUGUUGUGGACUCAUCAAAUAUUGCGAGAACAAGGGUAUCGCCCGGCAUCCUGUCGUCCUGACGAUGACGAAGAUGAUUAUAGUAUGGAUAGCAGUAUUACCAAUCAGUCGAUGGAUGAAGAAGAACGCCACUCGACCUCCACAACAUCGUCAAGGUGGAGAGACAUGCAUCGUUCUCUCAGAGCAUUUUUACCGUGCUUUGCAUAGCAGCUCUUUCUUUUUCCUUCCAUAUGCAUUUUCUAUAUCCCAUUGGUUUCUUCAAACAUCUAAAUAACCGUACUGUGAUAUUUACUUUACAGUUAUCUUUAUUAUUUUCUAUCUUUUUUUUUUCGCUUACACCAUUUCUAGCAUAACAAACAAUUACAAAUACAUACAUUAGCCUAACGAAAUCACUCU